UUCUUAUUCAAGCAUGACGGGUGGCUCGUGCAUGUUUGGUAGCGAUUUUAUAACUUUACUUGUGUUUGUGACUGCUUCAUUGAUCUAUUUUGCUGAUGAUGUUCAUAAUGUGGAGUCGACAAAGGGCAUGGCUAUUACCAGUGUACUUCCACUCGAUAGCCGUGAAUGGAUAUUAAAGACUAAAAAUCUCUCUCAAGCUUCGCAGAUUGAUCAAUACCAAUGGCAAAGAACGGCCGUGGAAGCGAUAUAUGUUAAGCAGAAUUCCAUACUCAGCUAAUGGUUGUUGUGGGUAUCAAUUGGAAUGGCAACUAAUAACCAGUGGAGAUGUAGAAUUAAAUCCUGGCCCAGAUACUAAUACCUCUGGAAAUGAACAAAGUCGAAGGGUCGUAAAUCACCCAAUAAUGAAUUCUUCGAACAAGAGUCUGAAGAUUGGUGAGUGGAACGUAAAUAACCUUACUGACGUAAAGUUUGAACAGAUAAAACUAUUUUUGACUUCGCACAAUAUCGAUGUGAUGUUUCUUAUCGAGACAUUCCUAAAACCCAAUGUAUCGGGCUCGGUUUACGAAAUUCCUGGUUAUUCAAUGUAUAGAAAAGACAGGGCGGGUAAUAAAAAAGGCGGAGGAAUAUUAGCUUAUGUAAACAGUCAGUUAAAAGCGAACAGGCUUUAUGAUUUAGAAGAUGAAAAUGUUGAAAUCAUGUGGUUAAGUAUUUGUCCAUAUUCAUCUAACAGAGCUUUACUAGCUGGCGCCGUAUACCGUCCUCCCUCGUCUAAUGCAGAUACUGAUAUAAAGCUUGAAAAUAACAUUGAAAAUGCCUAUUUGAAAAAUUAUGAAAUGCAUAUUCUUGGUGAUUUCAAUAUUAACUAUCUCGAUUUAUCUUAUAAGAAGCAUCACCUUGCAAAAGCUAUGCAUGCAUAGUAUGAAGCUCAGUCAAAUGGUAAAUUCUGUCACAAGACCAGCAAGUGCAACAUGUCUUGAUCAUUACUAUACAACUCAUCCUGAGUUCACUGUUGGCAUUUCAGUUUUGGAUAUCGGCCUUUCAGAUCAUCUGCCGUUAAUUAUUCAGCGUAAAUAUUCGAAAGCAAAGAGAUCUAGUAAACAACUGCAUAAUACCAUCAAAUACCGCAACUUUAAAAACUUAAAUGCUGAUGAGUUUGUUAAAUCACUCGAGUGUACCGCGUGGGACUCGGCUUUUGUGUUUGACGACAUUAACGAUAUUGCUGAUUCCAUAGAAAAAAUGCUUAUUGAAGUUGUUGAUAUGUAUAUGCCAUUGAAUCACAAGCGUGUCAAAAAGCAAAAUCAACCAGCAUGGAUGAGCGAUGAAAUCAUGAAUUCAAUACGAAAUAGAGAUAAUUUACUGAAAAAAGCUCGUAAGUCAAACAUCCCGGCCGACUGGGCUUUGUAUAAACAUGCCAGAUGCAAAACUACAAAUAUGAUUAAAUUCUCUAAACGACAAUUUAUUCAAGAAUCAAUAGAAAAUAAUCAAGGAAAUCCUAAGGGAAUUUGGAAAGUGCUAAAAUCGUUAAGUGGGAAGAAAAAUAAUCCAAUAACAAUAGAUGAAUUAAAGGUCAAUGAUGCGGUAGUAAAAGAUAAAGCCGAAAUUGCUGAAGCAAUGAAUGACGCUUUUAUUAAUAUUGCCUCUAGAAUCAGUCAAGGCAAUCAAAAUAAUGCCGAAUUUGAUGGGGAAAAAUUAGUCGAUUUUGUAAAGCUAAAGAUUGGUAAGGAUUGUUUUGAAAUACCACCGAUUACGUCAACACAGGUACUGGCUGCAUUGAAUAGCAUGCCAACUAACAAAUCCACUGGCUGUGAUGGCCUAAGUGCUAGAAUACUAAAGUUAGCAGCACCGGUAUUGUCUCAACCUUUUUGCCGCCUUAUGAAUUACUCCAUAUCAUCGGGUACUUUUCCUAUCAAAUGGAAAACCGCGAAAGUAACACCCCUACAUAAAAGUGGAUCGCGUGAUGAUGCAGAUAAUUACCGUCCGAUUUCGAUACUUCCUGUUAUCUCUAAAGUGCUUGAAAAACAUGUGGCCACAUCGUUCUACAAGUACCUCCAAGAUCAUAACCUUCUGUAUAAAUUCCAGUCAGGUUUUCGUGCUAACCACUCGACAGAGACAGCAUUAAUAAACCUUGUCGAUGAACUCUUUUUUAACAUGGAUGACGAUAAGGUUACAUGUUUGACAUUUAUUGACUUUAAAAAAGCUUUCGACCUUAUAAAUCACAAAACUCUGCUGAAAAAGCUUGCAAUUUAUGGGGUAGACGGAUCGUCAAUUGCCUGGUUUACAUCGUAUCUAUCCGCCAGAAAACAGUUUGUUAAAUUAAAUGAAUGUGUAUCCACUUGUCAAGUGGUAUCACAAGGAGUACCGCAAGGAUCGAUCCUCGGACCGUUGUUGUUCAUUACAUUUAUAAAUGAUAUGCCUCUUCAUAUGCCUGACCCAAAUGUAGAAAUUUAUGCCGAUGACACAACUUUAGCAAGAAGUGCAAGUAUCGACAAAUUGCCUGUUUUAACUCGAAUGAUAAACCAAGAUUUGAUCUGCUUAGAGAGAUGGUGUAAUGAAAAUGGCAUGGUUAUAAACACGUCAAAAACAAAGUGUUGCAAUAUUCAUAAAAACAAUUAA